AUGAGGCCGACAUCAAUACGAAGAAGUGGUGGCGGCAAGAUACCCUACCCAAAGCAUGUCUGGUCACCCGCUGGUGGUUGGUACGGUCAACCGGCAAAUUGGCGGACAAACACUGCGAUUAUGGGCGCGGUAAUUGUCGGAAUAUGCGCAAUGGCGUUCAGCGUAAGCGCGGACAGAGAACAUAGGGACAAGAUGCCUGAUCCGGACCGAUUCUUUCCCUCGCGAUACUGGAGUCGGGAGAUUAUCGAGCACGAACGGGCACAGCAAGCAAGCCAAAGCAGCGUAUUUCGAGAGUGA